ACGUGCAAAAUCGGCCAAUCGCAAAACCAGUCGGAAUGUGGUCGAGGAAAAAAAAAUAAAAAUAUUCAAUAUGGCUACGGAUCAUACGACGUGAGCUGUCAGCUGUAAUAUUUUCUCUUUCUUUGUGUUUAUUACCGUUUUAAAAAUGUUAUGAUUGCUGAAAACCCGCGAAUAUGGGUGCGAAAGACUCAAAACCUUGUUUUAUAUCUUACGAGGAUGCAGUGAAACGAGUGUCUGAUAGCGAGUUGAGGCGUAUUCGCGAAGCGUUCAAGAGAUGUGCCGGCGCGAACGGGACGUCCUUGAGCUUGGAGGCGUUUGUUCGCGAAGUUUUGAGCGACGGAGUGCCUUAUGAGGUCGCGGACUGGCUGUAUCAGGCCUGUGGUGGCACCAAGAGAGGAAUUGCCUUUAAGGAGCUGCUGUGUGGGAUCGUGGUCCUUACUAAGGGGAACAUAGAGGAGAAAAUCAAAUUUUUGUGGACAUUAUAUGUCAACAAUCAGGGCGACAAUGGCACCUACAUAUAUAAAUGGGACUUUGCCAGUGCCCUGCACAUGGAAAACAUAUCUUUACCCUUUACCGGAGCUCAUCGUAGUGCUGAAAUACUUACCAGCCUGUUCGGACCGAACGACAAAGUGACAUUUGAGCAGUUCCGUUCCUGGCUAUUGAUUCACAAGGACGCAACGGUGCUGUCAAAAUGGUUGCUGUCUGGGAAGGCCAAUGCGGUACAGGAGCUGGACACACCAACGUUUUAUCAAAGCUUGGCUGGAGUCACACAUUUGGAGGAGAGGGACAUAAUCGAGCUAGAGAAAUGCUUCUGGUCGCUCCGCAACUCCGCGCCCACGGGCCAGCUGGACAGCGAGAGUCUCGCCCCCCUUCUAUCCCACCCGCUGCCCAAGGCGGCCGUGGCUGGCGUGUUCUUGGCCUUCGACGAGAACAGAGACGGCCACGUCGACUUCAAGGAGCUCUGCUGCGGGCUCAGCGCCGCCUGCAGGGGCCCGAGGACAGAGAGGCUCAAAUUCUGCUUCAAGAUCUUCGACCUAGACAGAGACGGCGUGCUGAACAAGAAAGAGCUAAUCGACAUGGCGGACAUACUGUGCACAGUUGCCAACGAGUACUUGAGGAACCAGAGCUCGAGGGCUUCGACGCCUUCUGACGAUGAUGGGGACAAGGGGUUUGACCCUGAGGUGGUGUUACUGAAUUUGAGAGACAAGCUGGUGACCAGCGUGCCUAAGAAUGGGAAGAAGCCCGUGUUUCAGCUCGGACCGGGGGACGGAGUUGAUGCUUCCAAGCAGAUACAGGACAAAACCGAAAAUAAAAUAGACAGCAUGGAUCUAAUCGCAGUAGACACCGCAUUAACGCAAGAAGAUUUCCUGAUCUGGGCCGUGGAGAGUGCGGACAAUUUAGUGGCGCCGUUCCUGCAACUACUGUUCGAGGUCUGCCACAUUGUCCUUGGGUUGAGGCCGCAGUGCAAACAUCAGGAGAGGGAUAUAGAUUUCCUGAUCUGGGCCGUGGAGAGUGCGGACAAUUUAGUGGCGCCAUUCCUGCAACUACUGUUCGAACUCUGCCACAUUGUCCUUGGGUUGAGGCCGCAGUGCAAACAUCAGGAGAGGGAUAUAGAUUUCCUGAUCUGGGCCGUGGAGAGUGCGGACAAUUUAGUGGCGCCAUUCCUGCAACUACUGUUCGAACUCUGCCACAUUGUCCUUGGGUUGAGGCCGCAGUCCAAACAUCAGGAGAGGGAUAUAGAUUUCCUGAUCUGGGCCGUGGAGAGUGCGGACAAUUUAGUGGCGCCAUUCCUGCAACUACUGUUCGAAGUCUGCCACAUUGUCCUUGGGUUGAGGCCGCAGUGCAAACAUCAGGAGAGGGAUAUAGUACUCGGCUGGCUACGGCGCUCCGUCCAGCGGGGCUACUCCGUGGGCCAGUUCUGGUACCUCGUGGCCGCGGAGUGGUGGCGCGCCUGGGCCGCGCACACGGCUGGAGAUGGUCCCUGCUGCCGCGCCAGACCUGACGACGUCAUAUGCGACGAGUCCUUCACCACCACUAGUACAGAAUCGAUGGGAUCAUUAUUAUGGCGCGCAGAUACAGCGUCCCUGGGGUCGGCCAGCAGCGGCGUCGGCAGCGCUGGUGCUCGGCCUAGGGCACCUGGGCCAAUUGAUAACAGAAGAUUGUUGGCUCCUAAUCCACUCAAGGUCCGAACGCUCACGGGCGAGGGCGGGCACCUCCGCAAGGACGUUACUCUGGCUCAACACAGAGACUUCGAGUUGGUCCCUGACGCACUAUGGCGUGCGUUGGCGCUGUGGUACGGCGGGGCAGAACCUUUACCUAGGCAGGUAAUUCGACCACCCAACUCAGAUGUGGAGCUAGAACUUUAUCCUCUCAACCUGAAGAUAUUACGGCACGUCGCAGUACCGCAAAGAAUGAACUCGGUGUCUGCCGUGGGUGGAGUGUCCAUGUACUCCAGCGUGCCCAUGGCGCCGCCCGCGCCGCCGGCGCCGCCGGAGCGCCAGCUGGCGUACACGGCUGCCUUCUCCAGGCUGGCUACUGUCAAACAGGUGUCAGAAUUCCUCUGCCAAGCCCUAGGGCUCCAGCGCGAGGACGUCCGCCUCUGGUCGUUCGGCACCAACGCCGUACUCCUGGACGAUGAAAACUGGACGCUAGCUGAACUGCGCUGUGAUGAGAGAACAAGACUAUUACUGGAAGUUAGAAACGCGGAUCUAACGUGGCCUGAGGAAAUUGGGGCUCUCAGUAUGAGCGGCGGAAACCGUGCAAUGGAGCGACGAGAGACCCUGAUACCGCCCAACCUACCCGGCGCUACGGGCCUACAUAACCUAGGAAACACUUGUUAUAUGAAUGCAGCCUUACAGUCAGUAUGGAACACGGGCCCACUAACUCGGUACUUCAACUCUGGCAUACAUUUGUAUGAAGUGAACACAGCAAAUCCGCUAGGAACGAAAGGUGCUUUGGCGGUGCGGUAUGGAGAACUGUGUAAAGAGGUGUGGUCGUGCAGCGCGCGCUCCGUAGCUCCCCUGCGCGUGCGCUGGUGCGUGUCGCGCCACGCGCGCGCGCUCGCGGGCGGCGGCCAGCACGACGCGCAGGAGCUACUGGCGUGGCUGUUAGACACGCUACAUGAAGACUUGAACAGGGCGGCGGCUAAACCGCUGCCGAUAAGAGACAGCGACGGCAGACCAGACCAGGAAGUAGCAGCAGAAGCGUGGGCAGCGUACGCGGCGCGCAACGCCUCCAUCGUCACCGACCUCUUCUACGGACAACUGAAAUCUAGAGUGCGCUGCGACGUGUGCUCCGCUGAGUCCACUCGUUUCGACGCGUUCAACAUGCUGAGUCUGCCUUUACCCGUGGAACAGUCUUUAAGGGCACAGGUUAUAGUAAUGCUGCUGGACGGCUCGGUGCCCAUCAAGUACGGUGUUCUAGUCAAUUCAGAGGGCACCUAUUUGGACCUCAAGAAGAAACUCUCAGAACUCUGCGGACUGGCUCCCGAAUCCAUGAUAAUAGUGGAAUUAAACGGCGCGACAAUAGGACGAGUAUUAGAUGACAACGCUAAAAUCUUCGCAGCCACGGCGCUCGAGUUGUACGCAUAUGAGACUCCGCGCGAGACCGGCGAGGAGGAGUGUUGCUGCGAUCACCAGCAAGGUAACAAACUGGCCAGCGGUGGAUCUUAUUCCAUUGCAAUAAGGUUACGAAUAGCAAAUCUUCGCAGCCACGGCGCUCGAGUUCAAAUCUUCGCAGCCACGGCGCUCGAGUUGUACGCAUAUGAGACUCCACGCGAGACCGGCGAGGAGGAGUGUUGCUGCGAUCACCAGCAAGAGUACGCGGACGCGGAGGCGGCGGCCACGGCGCGGGCGGAGGUGAGUGCGCGCGCGCCUAACACUUCCUCACUCUGCAUGCCCGCACUCUUCUGCUUCAAGCGCUCCAAGUCCGAAAUCCUCAUGUCUCAGAGCCCACCGAACACCUUCUACAAGUACACAGAUAACGAAGAUUACCGAACUCUACCGAAGAGAGACAAGAACGGGAACAGCUCGCCGACUCUUUCCGUCAAGAGCUUGAAUUUGAAGGCCAGCCCGAGACUGGGCAAAGUCAAGUUCGGCUCGUCUCCCUCUAAUAUGAACAAGAUGAACGAGACGCAAGACAGCCCGGCGCCGAGGAGGAUACAAUAUUUGGUAGCGGUACAUAGGAAACAAACCCGUAUGGACGCCUACUUCCUCCCAUCUCAGCGCAGCAAACCCGCGUUAUUCGGUGUCCCUCUACUGGUGGGCGUCGCGCACGGGAUGUCCGGCCGCAGUGUGUACGCGCAGGUGUGGACGCAGGUCGCGCGGCUCCUGAGCGCGCGCCCGCUGGACGCCAGCAACCAUGCCACAGACUGCGACGACAGCCUCGGUUACGAGUUCCCGUUCACGUUGCGGCUCGUGUCCGGCAGCGGCGCGUGGUGUGCGCUGUGUCCGUGGCCCGCGCUGUGCCGCGGCUGCGCUCUACCCAGCGACGACGCGCCUUUAUGUACCUACGGUGAGUUACACUACAGUUCCCGGUCACGUUGCGGCUCGUGUCCGGCAGCGGCGCGUGGUGUGCGCUGUGUCCGUGGCCCGCGCUGUGCCGCGGCUGCGCUCUACCCAGCGACGACGCGCCUUUAUGUACCUACGGUGAGUUACACUACAGUUCCCGGUCACGUUGCGGCUCGUGUCCGGCAGCGGCGCGUGGUGUGCGCUGUGUCCGUGGCCCGCGCUGUGCCGCGGCUGCGCUCUACCCAGCGACGACGCGCCUUUAUGUACCUACGCGGCGCGUGGUGUGCGCUGUGUCCGUGGCCCGCGCUGUGCCGCGGCUGCGCUCUACCCAGCGACGACGCGCCUUUAUGUACCUACGUUCCCGGUCACGUUGCGGCUCGUGUCCGGCAGCGGCGCGUGGUGUGCGCUGUGUCCGUGGCCCGCGCUGUGCCGCGGCUGCGCUCUACCCAGCGACGACGCGCCUUUAUGUACCUACGCGGCGCGUGGUGUGCGCUGUGUCCGUGGCCCGCGCUGUGCCGCGGCUGCGCUCUACCCAGCGACGACGCGCCUUUAUGUACCUACGGUGAGUUAUACUACAGUUCCCGGUCACGUUGCGGCUCGUGUCCGGCAGCGGCGCGUGGUGUGCGCUGUGUCCGUGGCCCGCGCUGUGCCGCGGCUGCGCUCUACCCAGCGACGACGCGCCUUUAUGUACCUACGUUCCCGGUCACGUUGCGGCUCGUGUCCGGCAGCGGCGCGUGGUGUGCGCUGUGUCCGUGGCCCGCGCUGUGCCGCGGCUGCGCUCUACCCAGCGACGACGCGCCUUUAUGUACCUACGGAAACAAUGCAUGUCCACAACGAUGCGCACAACAGCCACACAUCGAUGCGGACACCCCUGACUCCAGCUCCCCCAUCGCUAGAGCCAAGCUACGGCAGAACACCGCAAGAGUUGGGGAAGAUCAGGAAUCGUGUGAAGGCUCGCUUACUCGGCUAGACUUCAGUCUACUGCGUCAGCUACGCGGUCGACGCGGCGCACAGCUCGCCAUCGAUUGGGACCCCACCGCUCUGCAUCUGCGGUACCAGUCUACGAGAGAAAAGGCAUGGGUGAUCCACCCAUCAGUGUCCGAAAGCAGCGCCUUAGCGGCCCGACCCGUGGACCUAGCCUCCUGUCUCCGUGCCUUCACGUCACACGAACGCUUAGAACAGCGCUACCACUGUGCGAGAUGUAGGGCAGCCCAACCCGCUACUAAAGUGUUGCAGAUAUGGCGGCUGCCUCCUAUACUGAUCAUUCACCUGAAGCGAUUCCAGUACGUAAACAACAAAUGGAUCAAGUCACAGAAAGUGGUCAACUUCCCCUUCCAAGACUUCGAUCCAUCGCCAUACCUCGCAUCAGUACCACAAGAAACUAUAGCCAGGCAUAUGGAGAUCAAUAACAUCUACAGGCGGAGAUCGUCAAUGUUCGUGGACGUGGAAGACGCCAUCUCGGAAAGCGAGAGCGAGACUGAAAGUGAAGUGGAGGGGGCGGAGCCCGCCUCGCCUACGGUCAAGACCAAAGACCCGCCCAAACUCAGAGUGAAAAUCAACAAGCGAAGAGAGUCCUGCGAAGUCCGACGGCGGGAGCGAUUGGAGUCUACAAGUUUGCUAGCCACUCCCAUCACCGACGACAACCUGGUGGACUAUCACCAGCACCAUCUCUCCGAGAACCAGGACCCUUUCCAGCUCAAGUACCGGCUCUAUGCCGUCGUGUCUCACUCGGGGCAGAUGAGCGGCGGGCACUACGUGGCGUACGCGCGCAACCCGAGCGGCACGUGGCUCUGCUACAACGACUCCAUGUGCCGCGAGCUCGGGCCCAGCCCGCCCAUCGACCCCGCCAGCGCCUACCUGCUGUUCUACGAGCGCCAGGGGCUGGACUAUGAGAGGUAUGCACACAGACCUACACUCAACCCGAGCGGCACGUGGCUCUGCUACAACGACUCCAUGUGCCGCGAGCUCGGGCCCAGCCCGCCCAUCGACCCCGCCAGCGCCUACCUGCUGUUCUACGAGCGCCAGGGGCUGGACUAUGAGAGGUAUGCACACAGACCUACACUCAACCCGAGCGGCACGUGGCUCUGCUACAACGACUCCAUGUGCCGCGAGCUCGGGCCCAGCCCGCCCAUCGACCCCGCCAGCGCCUACCUGCUGUUCUACGAGCGCCAGGGGCUGGACUAUGAGAGGUAUGCACACAGACCUACACUCAACCCGAGCGGCACGUGGCUCUGCUACAACGACUCCAUGUGCCGCGAGCUCGGGCCCAGCCCGCCCAUCGACCCCGCCAGCGCCUACCUGCUGUUCUACGAGCGCCAGGGGCUGGACUAUGAGAGGUAUGCACACAGACCUACACUCAACCCGAGCGGCACGUGGCUCUGCUACAACGACUCCAUGUGCCGCGAGCUCGGGCCCAGCCCGCCCAUCGACCCCGCCAGCGCCUACCUGCUGUUCUACGAGCGCCAGGGGCUGGACUAUGAGAGGUAUGCACACAGACCUACACUCAACCCGAGCGGCACGUGGCUCUGCUACAACGACUCCAUGUGCCGCGAGCUCGGGCCCAGCCCGCCCAUCGACCCCGCCAGCGCCUACCUGCUGUUCUACGAGCGCCAGGGGCUGGACUAUGAGAGGUAUGCACACAGACCUACACUCAACCCGAGCGGCACGUGGCUCUGCUACAACGACUCCAUGUGCCGCGAGCUCGGGCCCAGCCCGCCCAUCGACCCCGCCAGCGCCUACCUGCUGUUCUACGAGCGCCAGGGGCUGGACUAUGAGAGGUAUGCACACAGACCUACACUCAACCCGAGCGGCACGUGGCUCUGCUACAACGACUCCAUGUGCCGCGAGCUCGGGCCCAGCCCGCCCAUCGACCCCGCCAGCGCCUACCUGCUGUUCUACGAGCGCCAGGGGCUGGACUAUGAGAGGUAUGCACACAGACCUACACUCAACCCGAGCGGCACGUGGCUCUGCUACAACGACUCCAUGUGCCGCGAGCUCGGGCCCAGCCCGCCCAUCGACCCCGCCAGCGCCUACCUGCUGUUCUACGAGCGCCAGGGGCUGGACUAUGAUAGGUACCUACCCGACAUCAAAGGCAAAGAGCCCGUCAUCAAAGACUCGGAGACUCUAGACCCAGACGAGAGCGACCUGCGGAAGAUGUGCGUUAUAGCGUAAAUUAUGUGCGGUGUGCCGGUGGCUCGGUGAGUUCAUCAAUAGUUCAUGUACAAUUGUACACUCAAAGAAUUUUAAUUUCCGACCCAUUUUGUACCAUGUCACAGUGACAUUAGUAUGAGGUCUCUAGCGACUUUCAUAUUGAUUGUCACUGUGACAAGGUACAUAUGAGUACAUAUGACUAACCUAACCUAACUGCAAAAGUGCAUGGCCAUUUUUUUUGCAGCUCGGUAUUUGUAGGAAGUUCAAAUUGCUAAAAUGUAUCCUGCUAUUAAGCCUCAAAGCCUUUCCCCAAGUCAAUACAAUGUUUACAGUGACAUCAUAUAGGGACAUGAAAAAUUAAUGGUAACUUUCAUAAUAACAUACAACUGCCAGUACCUGGGUAAACAUUAGUACUUUAAUACUGUAUGUGCAGUACUUUACAUUUAUAUGCAAAGAGCACAAAAUAAUAUGAGCUGUUUAUGAACUUACUGCCACUGCCAUCUACAAUAAUAGAAAACAAGUGUGUUGAGAACUAAAAUCACUCGUGAUCUAGUGAAUUCAAGUGAAACACAACUAUGUAUCUAAUCAAUCUACACAUUUUGACAGUUUGGUCCGCUUUAUAAAAAUUUAACUCGUACAAUACAAAUAAAUAAAUAAUACUCAAACUGUAUAGUUUCGUGACACUAUAGAACAAAAAAGACCCAAGAAUAUAUUGCUUUCGCUUUUGGGUAUGGUAUAGCUGAACUGUCAAAUGGUAAUUAUAAUAUCAAAAGGAAUAAAUGUAAUGUUCCUAAAAUAAUUUAUGUUAAAUUAGGAUAUAUUUCAAUAAUAUAGAAAUAUAUCUAGCUGUACAGUGCCUAAGGAAUUUUUGGGGAAAUAUUUAUUAAUAUUAUUUAUGAUACUGAUCUAAUUUUAAAGACAUUUCAAAUAGUAGAGUAUAAAAAUAUGGACUAUACCAAUUGGUCGUGGUUAGAUAUUUUUGGAAAGAACAUAGUUCAUAUUUUUAUACUCUACUUUGUCAGGCAGCAUUUUAUAGUUAUUUUGUAAAUUGAAUUGAUCAUGUAUGUAAUUUCCUCGAUGGAAAAUAUUUCUGGUUUUAAUAAUUGUAACUUUUUAAAAGGUUAGAUUUAACCUUGGGUUAUUACAGGAAUUUAGACGGACAUAUUAUACAUAAAUUAACACUAAAAAGUAUCUAACAGAAUCAGGCAAAUUCAUUAAAAUGAAUGUAUGUUCUAAAAAAUAUCCUAAACAAUAUUUGAUUGUCUAUGACACAAUUUGUGUGUGUCAAAAUUUAUUGUAUUGACAAGAUUACACGAUUGUCACCUGACAAUGACAAUUCACCGUACAUUGCUGGUCCAACCGUUUUCACUUACCGAUCCAGAAAUGAUUGAAAUGAAGAGGAACUUGUUGUCAGCUGACAAUUGUCAAGCUAGUCAAAUAGGCGCCUGGUGUUUAGACUUAUACUUCUAUGCUGGAAGUACAAGUGAAAUGUAAUUUAUGUGUUGUCUCUCUCAAAAUUGUUAUCGAUUCUGUUGUAUUCGCCGCAGUUUUUGUUAAAGCUGGCUUGUUGUCUAAAGUUGAUACAUUCCUUCGUCGUUCGAAGGCUCGUUAUAGUAUUUUAAUAUUAUUCCCGCUUGGUACAAAGCUUCAAUUUAUACCAAAAAAAAUUUCGCUGAAUUUAAGGGAACAGCUAAGUCAAAAAUAUACUUUAUUAAGCUUUUUGCAGCCCUAAAACUAGUGUGAUGUAACAUUAUUGAAAAUAUUUCACCAAUGUGACAUUUGUCACCUGACAAUGAUAAUUCAUCCAAAAUCGCUCAUCGACCUAAUAAAUAAAAAUCGUUUCUAUGCGAUUUAGAAAUAUACAUGAAGAAUUAGAAGUGUCAGAUGACAAUUGUCACUAAAAUGAUCUCUAAACUUUUGAUCAAGAAUAUGAUCGCUUGGAGACGAAAUUAAAGAUUUCUCAUUGGCAAUUUACCUUAAUACUUAGAUCAACCUAAUGGUCCCUAUAAGAUUUAAUAAUGUAAUGUCAUAAAUUGUCAAAUGUCAGAUAACCAUUGUCAUGCUGAAUAGGGCCAUGAGAAAUCAUAGUCGGCUGCAAAAAGUUUCAAUAAAGUGGAGCCAUUUCGCUAUAGAAUAGCUGUACCAAAAGUGAUGUAAUUUAGAUUUUAUUUAUGUGAUAAAGUAUAAUAUUCGCACGGGCCCGCGCCCGGUUAUUUUUUUAAUAGUAAUGGAGACUGAUGUGAUGUAAUAUAAUGUGAUGUGCUAUAUUUACUCAUUGAUAUAUUUUUUAAUCGAUUAUGUGUAGGUUAGUCAUGGUGGUGUCCUUGUAUCUAUAUUUAUGUCAAAAAAUAAAUAUUCUGCUAAUUGCUCUUGAUGUAGCAAAUUCUGGUAUUCCUACAAAGGUAUGGCAACAUGCAUGUGACAACAUUAGUGUUGCAAGCGUCCUAUGCUAUGGUGUCCGCUUCGUAUGCUUGUUUGCCAUCAUAUAAUAACAAAUUUACGUAAGCUUGUAUUGUAUAGCAUUCAUUCAAAUUAAAUUGUUAUCGUCACUGCUCUUUUAUGCUUUUCUAAUAGUUGUAAAUAGCCAUAAAAUAAAUAUAGAUACAAUAAAUACCCGAUACCUUAUAAAACACGCAUGUAAGUAUAUGUAAUGUUUAUAUUAAAUUUAAUAUGUUAUCGGCGGUUUAAGUUUAUGUCAUAGAGUUAUUAUUAAUAUCGUUUUUAACAGGAGCUUUUUUAGGCAAGAGGGGCUCAAUUCUUCUUAACAGAAAUAUCUGUAUUUUUUUAUAUAUGUAUGUUCCCUUUAUCAGGCUGACGGAUAUAUAUUUCCCACAUACGGCGCUUCAAAUAUGUUCUAUUUUUGAUGAGUAAGAUUGACAUUCGAUCAUCAUUUUUGAACUGUUAGCCUGGUAAAGGGUUAAAUCUAACCUCUACCCGUCUGGGUAGAAGUAAACUUUCAGUCCCAUUUUCCCUUCUUAGUGGUUAGAAAAAAAAUGUUUCUUAUUGAAGAGUAGGUAUUUAAACUCAAGAUCUUGUUACAAAUCAUUUGGUUUUUUUGGCUCACAUCUGCUCUGUUUCAAUUUACGCUCACUUUUAAUAAAAAGUACAGAUACUUCUGUUAAGACAGUACGUUAGUUAUUUUAUACGGCUUAGGGCACAAUGUCGUACUGUCGUCCAGGGUAAAACUUAACAAAUAUGUACAAUUAGCAGCAUAUAUGUAAAAAAAGUGCCGUCAACAUUCAAAUCCUAUAUAAAAUCGUAUCUGGUAGCAAGAACCAAGAGUCACCAUCAUCAUCA